AUGGUGGAUGUACAACAUCUUGUCGGCACGGCUGAUCUCAGCCUCAUCGAAGCUCCAGUCACCUGGCAUGCUUACAUGAUAUGUGGCUUCGCCAGCUUUGGAGGCAUUCUGUAUGGCUAUGACUCUGGUUACAUCUCUGGUGUCCUUGGUAUGGACUACGUCAAGGCGCAUUUCGGCGACGCGGUGCCCAAGUCUGAUGAGAAUCCAACUGGCUUCAUGAUUCCCAGCUCCCGCAAAUCGCUGAUCACCUCUAUUCUGUCUGCGGGUACUUUCAUCGGUGCGCUACUGGGUGGUACAAUUGCUGAGCGAAUUGGUCGGCGUCUCACCAUCAUGCUUUCGUGCCUGAUCUUCGCUGUUGGCGUUGCUGUCCAGGUCGGAACAGAAAGUGUUGGUGGUCUGGUUGCUGGCCGUUUCGUUGCUGGUCUUGGUGUCGGUGGUGUCUCGGCUACCGUGGUCCUCUAUGUCUCCGAGAUCAGCCCUCGUAAAGUUCGUGGUUUACUCGUCUCUGCCUACCAGUGGGCUAUCACCAUUGGCUUGCUGGUGGCUUCGGGAGUAGACCAGGGUUGUAAGGACAUCGACUCUCGCUCAUCUUACCGGAUCCCCAUCGGCCUUCAGUUCAUUUGGGCUGCUAUCCUUGCUGCAGGACUAUUUGUGCUCCCUGAGUCGCCUCGCUACUACGUUCGCUGCGGCCGAAUGGAUGAUGCGCUUUGCUCGCUGGAGAGGGUUCGUGGUCAGCCUGGUACCAAUCCCGCGAUUCAAGCUGAGCUUGCCGAGAUCAAAGCCAAUUUUGAAUAUGAGAAACAACUCACCAAUACCUCCUGGAUCGACUGUUUCCAAGGUGGUCUAUCUCCUCGUGGUAACCUGCGCCGAGUGCUUGCCGGAAUUUGCCUUCAAAUGUUUCAGCAGUGGACCGGUAUCAACUUCAUCUUUUACUAUGGCACAACCUUCUUCCAGUCCGUCGGCAUGAAGAACCCUUUCCUUAUUUCGACCAUCAUGAAUGUCGUGAACGUGGUGACCACCCCUGCUUCGUUUUGGAUGGUCGAAAAGUUAGGGCGUCGACCUUUGCUUCUUGGAGGAGCUGCGGUCAUGUGUGUCUGCGAGUUUCUGGUUGCGAUCAUUGGCGUUGCAAAGGAGGGAAGUCAGGCUGCGAAUACUUGCCUCAUCGUCUUCACCUGUCUGUACAUCGCUGCUUUUGCCACCACUUGGGGUCCAGCUGCGUGGGUCGUGGUCGGUGAGAUCUAUCCACUUCCCAUUCGAGCUAAAGGUGUUGCUCUUGCGACGGCCUCCAACUGGCUGUGGAACUGUGUGAUCGCCGUUAUUACACCCUACAUGGUUGAUGAGAACGAAGGCAAUCUCAAGGUCAAGGUGUUCUUCGUUUGGGGUAGUGCUCUCUUCUUGUGCCUGCUCUUCGCCUACUUCUUCAUUCCGGAGACCAAGGGCCUCACACUGGAACAAAUUGACAAGAUGCUUGAGGAGACCACCCCCGCGGCUAGUGCCAAGUGGAAGCCUCACGAUACCUUUGCGCACGAGAUGGGCAUGCUGGAGAAGGUCGACAGUGGCGUCGGCCGAGCGGAGCCACACAACCACAACCACGACAUCGCCAAUGACGAGGUCAGAGGCUCAGCUUAA